UCUUCACAAAUAACUGCCGCCAGUAAGAAUUUGAAUUUAUUUUAUGAUAAUUAUUAUUUAAAAAAAAGGAAAAAAUUAUGGGGGACAACAACUUGUCUAAUGUUAUAAGUAUUAAUAACAAGCCGAGAACCGAAGUGGAUUUAUAUUUGGAUAGCUUAGGAUUAUGGCGUAAACCUAUCCCCAAAGAUGGUUCCUGUUUCUACAGAGCUGUCUCAGAGCAGUUGUUCAAUACGCAGGCAUUCCAUGACCACCUACAGAAAGCUGUCGAAGAAAAAUUGGCUUCGAGUAGUUCGUUUUCAAGUGGCUGCAACAAAGAUACCUGCGUUGAUUUAAGUUUUAGCUUCGAAGAGAGCGAAGUUUGUGGAAGUUAUACAGAAAUUAAACUGUUGUCCGACGUAUACAAACUAAAUUUUUUCAUCUAUACUGGUAUGGAUAGUAUAUAUUCCAUCUCUAAAACUGAUUAUACCAAGCAAAUUUUAUUAUUUUUUGAUGGUGUUCACUAUGAUAGUGUCUACUCAAAGUCAUUCCCACCUGAAGCAGCUCUCUGUCAGUCUGUGAUUUAUGAUAUUUUGUACCGCAACGUAUUUGAAAUGCCCACCGAAAUUGAAGAGGCUGUGAAUAUGCUACGGAAACAAAAUAAAUGCAAGCGUGUUAGAAGCAACAAAAAUUUGGCUUGUGACAAGAAAAACGAUGUGGAAUUCGACUGUGUUGGUUCAAGAAAAGAAUGUGAGAAUAAAAAACCUAGUCCUCCAUUACCUUACAGAGUUGCCAAAGCACUGGAUCCAGAUAUUUUUCGGAAUGUUGAAUUCGAUAACUGGCAAGAAGCUAAAAGAGCUGAGUUAUUGGCGAAAAGGCUUUCCGAAUUUCAGCCGGGAGAUAAAUGCCAAGUUUUAAUAGACGGAACUGACCGAACAUAUAAUGCUCAUGUUCAAGAAAUAACUGAUGGGGAGGGACAUGUUGAAGUAUAUGUGGAAGAACUUGGUAAGAAAUGCCAAGUUGCUUACGACUGUUUAAGACACGUACCUUCAAAUGAACGAUACCUAUUGAAAACCGGUAGAAAGUGCCGAAAAGCAGUAACAAUGGUUGUACAUAUGAAUGGUACGAGUCAAUUAGUCUCUAGUAAUUUGACUACUUCCACUAAAGUCAAAAAAUCUGUCGGAAGUCGCCAUGCUAAAAUCUACACCCAAAAGAAAUUGAAUACAGCUAAUAGAACUAAAUUUUCACGCAGUCUUCAUAAAUAUUCUAAUAGUUCAAACCCAGAAAACGACGACUAUGUUGCAGAGAAAGUAAACAGCGAUAAAUCUUUAAAUAAAUUCAAUGAAAAUGCUAUUUGUGAAUGCCAUUACUGCAAGCAGCUAGAAUACGACCAAUCAAAUACUGAAAUGUUGGUGACUUCGUCUCUACCGCCGACAUUGGUAAGCGCUGACGACUCUUCGAGCAGUAGUAUGUUUGUAACUGGUGAUCAACCACCUCUUACUAAUGUAAACAAUAACCCGACUUCUCUAUCAGCACCUGUAAGUAUGACUUCACGAAUUUCUAUAAAUCCUCACAUUUGGAUUCCUUACUUGGAGCGAGCGAACAGUUUGGUAAAUUUCAAUGUUGGAGUUUCUCAAGACCCGUGCGGAAGAGACUUACCUUUCUCGGAUUUGGCUACUUUAAGAUACUUCUACAACCUUGGUUUUGAGUACCACAAAGCUGUCAGCAUGUUACAAAACACGAACGUAACCUCUACUUCUACGCCCCAGUCAGUAUCCUCUUUUCGCUAUAAUUCGUCUAUGACCGCUCCCGUCCACAGUACACCUGUAUAUUAUCCGGCACAACACACCUACACCCACCAGCUAUAUGCUAUGUAUCCACAGAACUUCGCCACAGCUACUGCUCUCUCCACUGGUCAAUCUUCUCAAACUCCAUUUAUUCCAUGUAUUGCUUAUAUGCAAAAUGUUCAAUAUUCAGGCAACACGCUGCCAUCUCAAUAGCAGACUCGGUCUGUUGCAUACCAUUUAAAGUGGUAGGCUCAAAAUAUUUUCGUGAGGAGAGGGACUAGAACAUUUUUAUCGGUACUUUUUCUAUUAUCGAUGGCUAAUUUAUUUAUUAAAGGAUUAGUAGAUAAACUAUUACACUCGCGAGAUGCUAGUUGGCAGACUUUCGGAAUUAGCUAUCACAACUUUAUGCAGAAGGAAAAUGGUAAGGAAUUGGGUGAUUCUUUCCGUGAAAGAAUUUUUUGGCCUAAACAAUUUUAACAUUUUCACUCUCCAAUUCUGUGUCCUUUUCCACUAAAUUU